GCUUCCGAUCGCGUUGCUAUUUGUAGGAGUUCCGGUGGUGACAAGCGGUAGUGUUUUGUCCGUCCUGAAGAGUCGCAAUGGCGGCGGUGGAUUCGGAUGUCGAACCGCUGCAGCGUAGGGGUUUCCGCUGCCGCCUCUGCCACGUUACUACAGCCAACCGACCCAGCUUAGAUGCCCACUUGGGAGGCCGGAAGCACCAACACCUGGUAGAACUGAGAGCUGCUCGAAAGGCCCAGGGGCUUCGAAGUGUGUUUGUUAGUGGCUUUCCCCGGGAUGUGGAUUCUACUCAGCUUUCUGAGUACUUCCAGGUGUUUGGACCUGUGGCCAGUGUGGUCAUGGACAAGGACAAGGGAGUGUUUGCCAUUGUGGAGAUGGGGGACAUGAGUGCCCGGGAAGCUGUCUUGUCACAGCCUCAGCACAGCCUGGGAGGACAUCGCCUGCGGGUGCGGCCACGGGAGCAGAAAGAGUUCCAGAGGCCGACCUCCAAAUCCCCCAAGGGAGCGGCCCCUGACAGUCACCAGCUGGCCAAAGCAUUAGCUGAGGCCCCAGAUGUGGAGGCACAAAUGGUAAAGCUUGUGGGACUGAGGGAGUUGUCUGAGGCUGAGCGGCAGCUUCGAAGCCUCGUGGUGGCCCUGAUACAGGAGGUCUUCACAGAGUUCUUCCCUGGCUGUGUGGUCCAUCCUUUCGGCUCUUCCAUAAACAGCUUUGAUGUCCAUGGCUGUGAUCUUGAUCUUUUCUUGGACCUGGGUGAUCUGGAAGAGCCCCAGCCAGCCCCAAAGGCUCCAGAGUCUCCAUCUUUGGACUCGGCCCUGGCAUCUCCACUGGAUCCUCGAGCUCUGGCCUGCACCCCAGCUUCCCCUCUGGACUCACAGCCUCCAGCUUCUCCCCAAGACUCAGAAACCCUGGACUUUGAAGUCCCUUCCUCCUCCCUGACACCCCAGACUCCAGACUCUGCUUUGGCUUCUGAGACCCUUGCCUCUCCCCAGUCCCUGCCUCCAGCCUCACCACUGCGGGAGGACCGCGAAGAGGGGGACUUAGGGAAGGCCCUGGAACUAGCAGAGGCCCUGAAGGGAGAGAAAACAGAGGGGGCAGCCAUGCUGGAGCUGGUGGGAUCCAUUCUUCGGGGCUGUGUCCCUGGAGUGUACCGAGUCCAAACUGUGCCCUCUGCCCGACGCCCCGUGGUCAAGUUCUGCCAUCGGCCUUCAGGUCUCCACGGUGACGUCUCCCUCAGUAACCGGCUGGCCCUACAUAACUCUCGUUUCCUGAAUCUCUGUUCUGACCUGGAUGGGCGAGUACGACCCCUCGUGUACACUGUCCGCUGCUGGGCUCAGGGUCGAGGGCUGUCAGGGAGCGGCCCCCUUCUCAAUAACUACGCUUUGACCUUGCUCGUGAUAUAUUUCCUUCAGACCAGGGACCCUCCUGUGUUGCCCACUGUAUCCCAGCUCACCCAGAAAGCAGGUGAGGGUGAACAGGUGGAGGUCGAUGGCUGGGAUUGUAGUUUCCCUAGAGAUGCCUCAGGACUGGAGCCCAGUAUCAACAAGGAACCCCUCAGUUCCCUGCUCGCCCAGUUCUUCUCCAGCAUCUCUUGUUGGGAUCUUCGUGGCUCACUGCUGUCCCUGCGGGAGGGUCAGGCACUGCCUGUGGCAGGGGGCCUGCCCUCUAAUCUCUGGGAGGGUCUGCGCCUUGGCCCCAUGAAUCUCCAGGACCCCUUUGAUCUCAGUCACAAUGUGGCAGCCAAUGUGACCAGCCGGGUGGCCGGGCGGCUACAGAACUGCUGCCAAGCAGCAGCUAAUUACUGCCGAAGCCUCCAGUACCAGCACCGUUCCUCCCGGGGUCGGGACUGGGGGCUGCUUCCCCUUGUGCAGCCCAUCUCCCCCAGCUCUCUGCUGUCUGCAACACCCAUCCCCUUACCCCCUGCUCCUUUUACCCAGCUCACUGCUGCCCUGGUCCAAGUGUUAAGGGAAGCAUUGGGGUGCCAAAUAGUACAGGGAACCAAGAGACUGUGGUCAGAGGGAGGUGGAACUGGGGAGUCUCACCAGGGAGGAACGAGCAAGAGAUUUAAACUAGAUGGACAGAAAAAAAAUUGUGAGGAGGGGCAGCAAGGAUGUGCAGGGGACCACGGUGAAGAAGGGGUGGAAGAAAUGGUUAUAGAAGCUGGAGAGAUGGUGCAGGACUGGGCCGUGCAGAGCCCUUGGCAGCCAGGGGAGCUGCCCAUGACACCUCAAAGGCAUCUAGCCACCGGAGAAGAGAGGCAGUGGGGCCAUGCAGCACUGGCAGAACAGGUGCCCAGAGGACCUGAGGCAGCCCAAGAAGGGUCUCAAGGCGAGACAGGGAACAGGAUGUUGCUCUCUUCAGUGAGCUGGCGCUGUAGCUUGGGGCACCGAGUGUGGCAGGGUCGGCGGCGUGCCCGGAGACGCUUGCAGCAGCAGACCAAGGAAGGAGGUGGCAGUGCUGGCAUAGGAGCAGAAUGGCUGGCGACUGAGGCACGGGUAACCCAGGAGCUGAGAGGACUGAGCAGUGGUGAACAAAGGCCAGAGGCAGAGCCACUUCUAACUUUUGUGGUGUCUGCCUCCCAGGCUGACCAGACUCUCACUGUGAUCCCACUCCAGGAUUCUCAAGGCCUUUUCCCUGAUCUCCAUCAUUUCCUACAGGUUUUCCUCCCUCAGGCACUUAGAAAUCUCCUUAAGUUAAGAUAGGGACCUUAAAGGGCAAUAAAGCUGCUAGUUUAAUAAACAGUACAAUGUCCUCUAA